AUGUUAAAUAAACCAGAGUUGUCAAAAGAAUUGAGUGUUUUCUUGGAAUUGUUACAUUAAGAUAAUGGAGAGUAUAAAGGAUAUGAGAAUUAUUUAAUUGGUAGUGAUCUUGAUGACAUGGAUAGUAAGAAGGGAAUUAAUAAGGAUCUCUCAAUUAUAUAUAGUUAACCUGAAAGUGAAGUAUCAACUUAGAGAGACAAUACAUCUCUUAAUAUUGGAGAUUUGUUUUCUUUAAUUUUUAGAGAUCUAGAAAAUCAAUUGUAUUCUCCAUUAUCUUAGCGAAUCAAAUAAUUAUAAGUAAGAUGGUUAUUUAAAUAAGUAAUAAAUUCAUAUUUAUAUGAUGAGAGUAUCUGAGAAAAUGAAUGAGUUCUAAUUGUAGAACUAGAGUCUUUAGACUAAUAAUAAAUUAUUAGUUGAAGCUCUCAACUCAUCUUAACAGGAGAUACAAGUCUUAGCUAUAGCACAUGAAGAAUCAUAACAAAAAUUGAAGAAAUCUAUUUAAGAUUUAAAGAAAUAAUGCGUAAAAUUUUAAUUAAUAUAUCAUUUUUAGGAUGAAUUAAAUAAAUCUUUAGCUUACACAUAAUAAAUCAAUUAAAAUUUAUUAUAAUAAAUUGAUAAAGAAUAAUAAUCCUAUAAAAAAAAUGAAGAGGAAUUUAGAGAUGCUUCUUAAAGAUUAAUCAAAAGUAAUUAAGCUUUACGGUAUUAAAUUUAUUAUUAUAAUAUAGUGAAAUAAUUGUUAAUAUUGGCAAUAUCUCUCCUAUGCACAAGAGUAAAUUGCAAGAAGUCAUUAAAUAUUUGACUGAAGGAAGAGAUUAAAAAUAGACAGAAUUAAGAAGUGGACGUAGUUAAUCUAAAAAAUAAAAAGAGAAUAAUAGUCUACAUUAUUGUAUCUCAAAAUUAUCAUCAUAUAGCUACUUUAAACAUUAGCAGUUCAAGAAACAAAAAAUCUAUGUCUCCUUAAGGAUUUACAUCUACAAGGAAACAAUAAGGUGUAAAUGUUUUGGAUACAAAUUAUUAAAUAUCUUAUAAAGAGUUAUUUUUAAAGAGUUUAAAAGUAACAAAAUAAAAAUGA